AUGAGCGCACCUCCUAUUUCCAUUUUCUUAAUGGAUCAGGAAAGGCUUCGUAAUUUUAUUAUUUGGGCAAUUACAACUGCGUUAGCGUCGGAUUCUUCACAAAGGUUGAGGUCUAACGAGUCUAGCAUUUUUGUCAAAAAAAAAAAAGAACUAGGAGAAGAGUCUCGUGAUGACUCCUUAGUGUCAAAAUUUUUGCGUUGGUUAACAGCAUCAGUAAUCAAUGGGAAGCUUCAUCAAAAAUCCAAUGAUAUAUAUUCAGGGUUUACAGAAACACAUAAGCUAGAAUCCCUGCAUUCUUUACUGGUGCAUGUAGAAAAUACCUCAGGACAAAGACAUGAUAUUAAUAUUGGCUGUGAGGAGUUGCUUGCUUCAACAGUUUUCUAUCUCCAACUGCUUCCUGGUAUAAAUCAGGAACUUCUACCAUCAGUUGUAUCUGCUCUAUGUCUCCUAACUUUUGGUGCCUCUAAUUUACAAGUGGGAAGAACCAUUUUAUUUCAAGACUACGAUACUAUCAUAUCAUCAAACUCUUUAAGGGUACGAUGCCCUCUUGAAGCUAAUCCAGAUUGGAGAUGGUCGUUUUACCAGCCGAGGAAGGAUCAAUCACUGGAGUUCACUGGCACUGGUACAGAAAACAUGACAGAAUAUCAUGCUUGCCAAACUCUGUUGGUGGUUGUUGCAAAUGUGCUUGGUGGAAAGAAAUUAGAGUCAGCUUGUUUGUCCCCUCUAGAUGUUGAGAUAUCUUCCUUAAUCAAAUGGGAAAGAAGUCUAUUGAGAAACUGA